AUCACUCUUGUGUUUAUACACCAAACUCACAAAUUAAAAUCACUAAGAUAUGGCUUCCUUUAGCUUCUUAGUGUUUCUCCUUGUUGCUCUAAUUGUUAUUCCUCAUGGGCUUUCACAGUAUGGGUAUGGGCCAAUUCCCCCUCAGUAUUCCGGCCCUGGUCAUCCACCCUAUAGACUACCAACUGAGAAGUUACCGGCCGGAUACUCGCCUUCACAGGAGAAGCCAUCGGUGUACAAAUCACCGGUGUACAAACCACCAGUAGAGAAACGGAAAUCAUCACCUACCUCUAGGGGACCAGUUGACAAACCACCGGUUGAGAAGCCGUCUGUCUACAAGCCAUCAGCUGAGAAACCAACUUAUACGCCAUAAGUUGAGAAGCCAACGGUUUAUUAGUCUCCAUAGGAGACACCAAGUUAAUGCCCAAAGUACUCCAGAAGAUGAUGCCCAAAGUACGAUAGCAUUAAAUAUAUGCCUAUUAAGUACUCCCUCUGUCCCAAAAUAUAAGCAAAAAGGGGUCAACAAAAGUGAAUGUAUUUAGACUAAAUUUUAAACCAAAUUCAUCAACUUUCGUUGACCACUUUUUGCUUAUAUUUUGGGACAGAGAGAGUAAUAUAUUAUAUAGUUUAAAUAAAGCAAAGGAUUUUAGGUUUUUAAUUAGCAUCUAAUUUCAAACCUUUGUUUACAUUGCUAUAUGUUGCCAAGACAAUAAGGUGGAUGUAAAAUGAGCAAGAACAUAUAUAUGAAUAAGAGCUCUACUAUUAUUAA